UGGAGGGGUGGGUGCUCGCUGCACAGCUGGGAAGCCGGGAAGGGGCCCCGCUUGCAGACGCCCCUGGCGGCUCCUUGGUGCUUUUCCUGCCCUUGCUCGCCCCUUUGCUGUAAUUAAACUGGAGGAGGAAAAGGCGGCAGCUGUGCUUCGCAUGCGGCUCCUAACCGCAGGGAGCCCGGCGGCAGCGGCUGUGCGCGGGUGGAGGAAGGAGGAUGCGCCCAGCCCCUGAGUCAGCGCCCAGAGUCAGACUGGCAGCUGCAGAGCGCGGGCGCCCGGGCCGCGCGCGCCAGGGUGCCUCCUAGGGCAGCUGGAGGGAGCGCACAGGGGGCGCAUCUUGGGGCGCGCCGGAGCCUGGCAGCCCGAGGCGGAGGGCGCAGAGCUAACGUACCUCAGGCGCGUCCCUGGGAUGGCCGGGCACAGGGAGAGCGCCCCGCCGGAGGUCUCCUAGGAGCAGCGGGGAGCGCCCACGUGGGGCGCCUCCUAGGGGUGUCCCAGCGAAGGGAGGGCGCUCACGCAGGCCCGUCUCAUUUGGCUGGGGAAGUGCAAGGAAGCGCCCGGCCCUCGCCGCGGGACCAGAGGGCGCGCAACUGGAGGCGCCUCCUAGGGCGCAGGGAGCUGCCGUCGCGGGCACCUCCUCCUGCUCCUGGCCGGCUGGAGCUGGGCAGCCGCCCCCGAGAUGUUCACCCGGGCUGUGAGCAGGCUCAGCAGGAAGCGGCCGCCGUCAGAGAUAAAUGACAGCGAUGGCAAACCAGGCAGCAGCCAACAAACCCUAAAAGGAACCUCAAGAUGGACUACGUCACUAGAGAACCUCCUAGAAGAUCCAGAAGGAGUGAAACGAUUUAGGGAAUUUUUAAAGAAAGAAUUUAGUGAAGAAAAUGUUUUGUUCUGGUUAGCAUGUGAAGAAUUUAAGAAAAUGCAAGACAAGAAACAGAUGCAGGAAAAAGCUAAAGAAAUUUACAUGACUUUCCUGUCCAGUAAAGCUUCCUGCCAAGUCAAUGUUGAAGGACAAUCCCGUUUGAAUGAGACAAUAUUGGAAGAACCUCACCCACUAAUGUUUCAAAAGCUGCAGGACCAGCAGAGGGAUCCAUGCAUAGAUGGGAACAGCCAAAGAAGCAUGAAUUAGAGACAUAUACUAAACCAGGUUCGAGGGGAGUCCUGUUAAUGUGCUACUCAAGAAUGUCUGUAAAUGUUUUAAAACUAAACACAGGACAUCUAGGGAAUGCUGCAGAUUUCCACAGUAUGGAAUGCAACUUUUGUCUGAUUCUGCUACAUAGUACUCCAGCAGCAAUUAUGCUCUUCUCUGGCUUGAAUCCUUAUUAAGUUACAAGGAGUGGUAUAAUUUGCUCCCAUGGGGACAAUCUGAGAUCUGACUGUGUUUAUAAAGUAUACAAGGGCAUAGCUUGAAGGCCAGACUCUGACCUUAUUCAUGGCGAGUAGCAAUUUACUUCUCGAGAAGAUCGAUUGAUUUCACUGGGACUUCUUGUGGGGGUAAGGUUCUAUUAAAUAUUAGUAAAAGAAUCAGUAUUUGGCCCUGUGUAUGUAGUUAUUUGGAUACAACUUCAGGACAAAGGCUGCUAUUUGGUAUGGGGAAGUGGGACUUCAGUGGUUCAUAGAACCCUUGUGAAUUUCAAACUCUUUGCCCAGGUACAUUCACCUGCACUGUGCAGAGAUGCCAAUGAAUCUCAUCCAUUCAGUUUAAAGAGAGAGAAAACUCCCUUUCUGCAUGGCUAUAAAAAAAAGCUCAGCAAUCUGUGUAGUUGUCACACUCCAGGACUGUUACCAACUUGGUUUUG